AUGCAGAUCAAAUGCAUCCAGGCCUCAACGGUCCGACCAGCUGAAUCAUGGUUGAUUACAAGCGCACAGGGCUUAGAAUACCUUGUUCAAAUUGGCUUCCCCCGAGAUUGGCUGAACCCUCAAAGCAAGCCCAAGGAACCUAGCGUUCCAGUCAUGUACCUCACUGAUGGGAACUCUGUUUUUUCAUCCUCCCUGGAGAGACUUCAUCAACAUCUAGUCCUAUCCGAGUUCGGCACAUCUGCUGGAGUCAUUGUGGCCAUAGGCUACCUGCUCCAACCCGACUCAAAUUUCUUGUGGAGCGCUCGAAGAGAUUGGGACUUAACGCCCCCAUCUCCAGGGUGUCUCCCGAGUGAGGGUGGUGCGGAUGAUUUUGCAAAAUUCAUCCAAAGCCGAGUGAAACCACUGGUGCACCAGCGGAUCAAGGACAUUCGUGGAGUUGACCCAGGAGCACAGUGUUUAUACGGGCAUUCUCACGGGGGGCUGUUCACCCUGCACACGAUGUUUACAAGACCUUGGAUGUUCGACAGUUACAUUGCUGCCAGCCCCAGUAUUUCUUGGAACAAUGAGUUUAUUCUGGAGGAGGAAGCAUCCUUUCGCUCCGGAAGGGUCGAACGCGCCUCAGCGCCAUCACUGAUGUUAUACGUCGGUGGAGCAGAGCAGAACCCGCGACGAAAACGAGACGAGACGGAUGACGAGUAUGAGAAGCGACGGGAGCAAUACCAGAGGCGCAAAGAUGUAGACUUUGUGUUGGAAAUGAACACACGGCUCCGGGACUCUGGCAAGAUGAAGUAUCUGACGUCCAAAGUGUAUGACGGAGAAGACCAUGGAAGCGUCAUUGCGUGUUCAAUCAGUCAGGGUUUGGCAACCUUUUUUGAUGGCUGGCCUUACGUCGAUUGA